AUGUUCUGCGCGGUGCAAACUACCAGCAUUUUCCGCCGAAGACGCUCAUCGAUGUGGGUCCCGAAAGGGGUGCCAAGAAGGCCAAUCCUUUUCGGCCCUCCCGAAGCUCCUAUGAUCCAAGCGGAUAGGAAGAGUACCAAGCCGGUGGAUGGCCCAGCAGCAGCUGCCUGGGACAAGCUCCACGACGUCCUACUCAAGAGGACCAGUUCUGUGCCUAUUGGACCCGGUGAUGUGCUUGUGCUGGACAACCUGCGUACCAUCCAUGGCCGUGGGGUUUUGGAGGCAGUCAGUGAACUGCGGCAGCGGCGCUGGGUGAAGCGCUUGUGGCUGACAGCCACAUCGACGGAGCUGCUGCUGCAGGAGUGUGCUGGAAGUCAGAUGCAUCCCCGCGUCUUCUGCCGUCAGGCAGCCUUUGAGAAAACGCGUGAUAUGCUUCACCCUCACAUCCAAUCGUAA